AUGGGCCAACAACAGUCAAAGAGUAGCGAUGGGAGUAGAACUCCAGUGAAAAGCUCAUCCUCACAAAACCUUCCUGAUACCUUGCAACAAUACCCCUCCAUCUCAAAGUCUGAUACGAAAGAUAGUUCCUCUAGGUCUAUCAGAUCGUCCAUCCGAAGCAAGAUCAAGAGCUCGGGAGACGAUAAGACUAAUGACAGCCCUAGAGCCUCGGCCUCGGUGCUCUCCAAUCUCGAUGGGUCAAACAGUGACAGGGCAGACGCAAGUUCUAUUGCCAGUGGUCGUUCGGGUUCCUCACGAGCCACAAAAGAAAAAUUCAGCAACGGUCCUUUAGUAGAGUCCCCGACAUCGCCCACCGAUGAUGACGAAGCGCCGUCUCCAGGCACCACCACUCCUGCGCGACCUCCUUCCCCAACACAGUCCAAGUCUGUAGGAAAGGGCCACAAAUCUGUAGAUCGAGCUCAGAGGACCGGAGAGGUUGGAGCUGUCUCUGAUGAAGCCCCCCACCAAGCUCACCACCAUUCUUCCACCCAAAAGGCUGGUGACUCUAUCUUGGUCAAGCGUGAGAACCAAAUCAACCCAAGAGCCCCCGAGACAAAAGCCUCGCUUCGAGCCAAACUCGCCGAGCUCCCAGGAGCAUCGCCGGGCGGGGGCAUGGGUAUUGGCGAGGUCAACGAUAUGGAUUUGGACGAUAUGAUUUCUCGAUUGCUCGAUGCUGGCUAUACUACAAAGGUCACCAAAGCAGUAUGUCUGAAGAAUGCUGAGAUUACCGCGGUCUGUACUGCUGUUCGAGAGGUGCUGUUGUCUCAGCCAGCCCUCCUAGAGUUGAGUGCACCAGUCAAGAUUGUGGGCGACAUUCACGGCCAGUACAACGACCUUAUUCGACUAUUCGAAAUGUGUGGUUUCCCCCCAAGUUCAAACUUCUUGUUCUUGGGAGAUUAUGUUGAUCGCGGAAAGCAGUCGCUCGAAACCAUAUUACUACUCUUUUGCUACAAAUUGAAGUAUCCUGAGAACUUCUUCAUUCUUCGGGGGAACCACGAAUGUGCAAAUGUGACCCGUGUUUAUGGGUUUUACGAUGAGUGCAAGCGAAGAUGCAAUAUCAAGGUGUGGAAGACAUUUAUUGAUACCUUCAAUUGUCUGCCUAUUGCCUCUAUUGUGGCUGACAAAAUCUUCUGUGUUCACGGUGGACUCUCGCCUAGUCUAUCACAUAUGGACGACAUCAGACAAAUUGCGCGACCAACGGACGUCCCCGACUAUGGACUGCUGAACGACCUGUUAUGGAGUGAUCCUGCCGAUAUGGAUCAAGACUGGGAGUCCAACGAACGUGGGGUGAGCUACUGCUUUGGGAAGAAGGUCAUUGUGGACUUCCUGGCUCGACAUGAUUUCGACUUGGUCUGCCGAGCCCACAUGGUGGUGGAAGAUGGGUACGAGUUCUUCAAUGACCGUCUACUUGUCACCGUGUUCUCGGCCCCAAAUUACUGUGGCGAAUUCGACAAUUGGGGCGCUGUUAUGUCCGUUUCAAGCAACCUGCUAUGCAGCUUUGAGCUGCUGAAGCCUCUAGAUUCUAGUGCGCUAAAGAAUCAUAUCAAGAAGGGACGAAACGCUCGUCAAAACAUGCUAAACAGCCCGCCUGCUCAAGUUUCUGCUCAAAGCUUUUAG